UUGUCUCGAUGUUCUCUAGCAAGGUUAUACCCCCUCCCCGAAGUCGGGGAAUUAGCGACUUUUUUUUAGAAAUUCCAUGUCCCCCUUCCUUAUCGGGGAACAACCCUUAUUUUCUUGUUAAUCGUCUCUCUCCGUCCAUUCAAUUGUAAAAAUCGUGUUGAAAUGUCAGCAAAAAUUAAUUUUACUAUAAAAGGACUUAUCAAAAUAAUUAUCCGCCUUUAUUCUCCUCCAAUAUCUACACAAUUAUUUGUUCCCAAUUUCAAUUAUUUCUCUUCUUUCUAUGCAACAAUUCCAAUUACUACAACAAGUAGUUACUACUGUGGCUUAUAAUAUUCCAAAUGAAUGUAUUUGGAAGAAUCUUUGGGUAUUUUGGAUUUUUAUUUUUUAUUCUUUGUUUAUGGCUAUUUUGCUCUUCAUCUUUUUAAUUACUUGUUGUUUUGUGGCCGUUAAAGAUACUGAAGAAAUUGGUGUACAAGACAAAAAGCUUAACAAACAAGUAAAUAUUGAGUGUCACAUAGACCUUUUGAAUAAAACACAAAAAACAAUAUCAGCAGCAACACCUCCACAUAUUAAACAACCAAAGAAGUUGCUACCAUCCCCAAAGCCAUCACCACCCCCAAAAAAAGAAAAAUCUAAAAAGAAGGGAGGAAAAGAAGAAAAACAACAAAAAUUGGAGACAGCUGCAUAUUUAACAGAAACAUUUCAUCCAAUACCUUUAGAACCUAAAGGUCAAAGUCAGGAAGAAUUUAUUCCAGCAUCUAUUUUGGUUGAGAGAGAGACUACGGAAGAGAUGACUCCAAUGUGA